AUGUCGGGCUUGAUGCCAGAGCUUGUGGGAUAUAUCCUUCGCAGGCUUCCAAUUUCGAGUGUCCUCGCCUCCAGAUGCGUGUGCCGCGCGUGGAAAGCAGCGGUGGAUGACCCCAGCUUCCAGAGCUCCUACACAGACAGCGCUAGGUUAUUCCCCGAGAAUAAUUAUAUUCAGGACAGCGGUGGCAAGAUGAUGUGCUGGGAGCCUCGCAGUGACAACGCUCCCGACUGGCUGUGUGCCGCCUCCCAAGACAACAAGCACCUUGUGCUGGCUCGCUCCACAAAAGUUAGAAAACUCUACGUUGGGAAUCCCUUCUUCAACAGGUGGGAAGAGGUCCCCUACUUGGAAAUUUGGGACGUGUCCAGGGUGUUCCUCUUGGUCACUGCCGGGCAGCAGUUCAAGAUUGUGGUGUGGUUCUGGGAUGGCACCAUCCACACCUUCAGUCGUGGCCAGACGCAAUGGUGUCAACACAUGGUGGCUAUGUCCCCGCUGAGCCCGGUGCUCAUACAAAACAAAUUGGCUUGUAUAGAUGCCCUCUAUCGCGAGUUUGUUCAGUUUGAUGUGGCAAGCAACACGAUCACAAUCAAGGAUCUCAAUCCCUUUCCCGCGGAGGUUCAGUCCAUCUGCCUUGCUAGCUGGAGGGGAAAGCUUUACAUGGUAUGGCUGUUUGCCAAAGGCCCACGUUUCAACACUUCUAUGUUUACAAUCCAGGAGGUUUGUGCUGAGAGUGGCGAUCCCAUUGCUGUGGUGAGCACCCAUGUGGUACAAGAAUUGCAUCACUUCACCUUUGAUGGCCAAGCUGAUAACUAUUUGAAUGUUUGUGGAUAUAAUAAGUAUAAGGUUGUUAAAUUGUACCCAUUUUCAUAUGAUUUCGCUACAGAUAGUUGGGCUGAUAAAAUCUAUAGUCCUCCCUCAGCACCUCUAGAUGUGAGGCUUUGUAAAUGA